AUGUCAUUUAUGGCUGAUGAAAAUUAUGUAUUUCGAUUGAUGAAAAACCAAAAUAAUAGAAGUAGGUUUGAGGAUAGUGAUAAUAACUACGAGCAGCGACCUCUGAUGAACGCGAAUGGCGAGCUGGUGACAAUGGAUGCCAAUGGAAAUGGAAAACGUGCGGCAAAUAAAAGCAUUGAUGCUUUCUACCGACAACAAAAACAAGAUUCUGAUGAUGAAGCCGAAUGCGCUGAUCUGGACUUUAUUUACGAUGACGCUGACACUCAUGUCAACGAAAUUGCUGAGUUGUACAGUUAUACUGAGCAGUAUGAACUCCAGCUUAAUCUUAAAGCAUUUGAUGACCAAAUGGAAAGUUACAAAUUGAGACCAUGGUGGCAAAAUCUGUCACAAGCUCAACAAAAAUCAGUUAUAUUAAAAUUACUCGAUCAAUUGGAGGUAUCAAAUAAGCAUAUGCGUAUGAAAGCUGCUAGAUGCAUACUUUAUUUAGCCCAAGGUUGCUGGGGUGAAGUACAAUCAGACAGAGAGCAGCAGGAGUGGACACGUACAAACGUAAUGCUGCUGUAUGAAGCCGGAGUAUUUUCAGCAUUUGUUGAACUAUUGAAUAUUGAAAUAGAAAAUAAUACAGCUGCUAGUUCUGCGAUGAGAAAGUUGGCUGUAAGUCUCGCAGACUCUGUCGAUUUACGGGUCAUACUGUCCGUUUUAUACAUUAUUACUGAAGUUAUGAGAGAAGAGUCCAAGAAUAUUAAUACCAGUAUUUAUAAAAACAAUAUUCUUAAUUUUAAAGAAGAGCUUGUUCAUCCUUACGGCAAUGAUUUUUUGAUAGUUAAAUUAUUGGGUAUGGUAACGUGUUUUUGUAGCGGCUCUGCGCCUCACUUUCCUAUGAAGAAGGUCCUGCUGUUGCUCUGGAAGCUGAUUCUGGUCUCGCUGGGAGGGAUCGACGAGUUAAGAAGACUCAAACGCGAGUAUCGCGAAGAAGCUGGACUCGAUACAAAUCAAGAAGAUACUAUCGAAGUCGCGAAGACAAUGCGAGCUAGUUCUCCACCCGCCAGCGCCACUGAUCUCAUCGGAGAGCAGACUUUUGGUGCCAGCAGACGAAAAUCACGCAGAAGAUUGAUGAAGCAGAGCUCGUAUGAAGAAGUGGUAGUCUUCGGAGCCGAAGAUUCCGUCGAAGGCGGUGGAUCUGGAGACAACGAAGGUGACGGAGAAAUGAUGGGGUACAUGGACCAACCACCAAUGGAUUCUUAUCAGUCAAACAAUCAUUGCGAUGAUUUAAACAACCAGCAGUUACCUAGACCAAGCACUCCGCAGCCGGCUAGAAAUAAAGGACUACCCUGGACUCCGAAAGUCCGUCAGAAAGAUGUCUCAGCGUUUUUAGACACUUCGAGACUUAAAUUUGUGGGGUAUAAAUUGGAAGGCGACAAUGACAGUUUAAUCGGCUUGCCCCAACCUAUUCAUGAAGGUGUCCAAACUUUGAAGCGUCACAUGUAUACGUCGCUAGCAGAGGUUCAGAUUACAAAGGAGGAAGAAAUAGCGAGAAAUCCGCUGACGACUCCUGAGCCUCCAUUGAGACAAACGCCUACGGAAAUUUUGUAUCAAGCUAUUCUUUCUAAUCUUCCUCAGUACAUGAUUGCAUUGCUGAAGAUUUUACUUGCUGCUGCUCCUACGAGCAAGGCCAAGACUGACAGUAUAAAUAUUAUGGCGGAUGUACUGCCUGAAGAAAUGCCAAUGACUGUUUUGCAGUCGAUGAAACUAGGUAUUGAUGUUAAUCGUCAUAAGGAAAUAAUCGUAAAAGCUGUAUCAGCUAUUUUACUUCUAUUGUUAAAGCACUUUAAAAUAAAUCAUAUUUAUCAAUUUGAGUUCAUGUCACAACACUUGGUAUUUGCUAAUUGCAUACCUUUAGUUCUUAAAUUUCUUAAUCAAAAUAUUUUGGCUUACAUUGAGGCUAAAAAUGUAAUUCCUAUUCUUGAUUUUCCGAUUUGUGUGAUUGGUGAUCAACCAGAGUUGACUACUGAAAGCUUGGAAAUCGGUGAUAGUCAAUCGUAUUCAUGGAGGAAUGUUUUUUCGUGUAUUAAUCUAUUGCGUAUAUUAAACAAAUUGACUAAGUGGAAACACAGUAGAAUAAUGAUGUUAGUCGUAUUUAAAUCAGCACCAAUUUUAAAGAGAACAUUAAAAGUAAGACACGCAAUGAUGCAAUUGUAUGUUUUGAAACUUUUAAAAAUGCAAACUAAAUAUCUCGGACGACAGUGGCGUAAGACAAAUAUGAAAACAAUAAGCGUUAUUUAUUCUAAAGUAAGACACCGCCUUAAUGAUGAUUGGGCGUAUGGAAAUGAUCUUGAAGCAAGACCGUGGGACUUUCAAGCGGAAGAAUGCGCCCUUAGAGCGUGUGUUGAUCAAUUUAAUAACCGACGAUACAUUCAUGUAAAUAAAGAUGAACAAAUGGAGCCUCUUGACACGUGUGUUACUUCCGUAUUAGGAGCAAACGUCGAACUGACGGAUGAAUUUAAACAGCAUUAUGAGUUAUGGCUGCAACAAGAAGUCUUUCAAACUAGUAUAGACUGGGAUAAAUUAUUGGAAUUAACUCGCAGUGAAAUUUAA